UGCCAGGGGAAGUACUGUCCCAGUUCCAAGCCAUGGCUGCAGUGUGGAGAGUCCUGCUGCUGCUGUGGGUUUGCAUCUGGCUCCCAGCUCAGGCCCGGAAUGCGGUGGAAAUCUCCAGGACAGAGGACUGGACACAGUCAUUCUAUACGGAGGUCGGGAAAACUGGAGAUGGACAACACACCCGAUCAAUGCAGAAAAGAAGCACAAAGUCUGCCGAUGUGGAGGUGUACAGCGUUAAACUCGGCUGCAUCGUCACGUCUCGCUUCGCCCACACCAUCAUGACCUCCAAGGCUCGGAACAAAGCGAACUCCUCCCAGGAAGUCUUCUUCGAAAUGGACCUGCCCAAGACCGCCUUUAUCACCAACUUCACCAUGGAAAUCGACGGUCGGAGCUAUGUGGGAGAAGUGAAGGAGAAAGAAAAGGCUAAGAAACAGUAUGACAAGGCUGUUUCCUCAGGGCAGACUGCUGGACUUGUCAAGGCUUCUGGAAGAAAGAUGGAGAAGUUUUCAGUUUCCAUCAACAUUGCUGCCCAGAGCAGUGUGACCUUCAUUCUGAUCUACGAGGAACUUCUGCAGCGGAAACUGGGGAAAUAUGAAAUCCUGUCCCGACUUAAAAGCGAACAACCGGUUGAGGAGUUUCAGAUUCAGGCAGACAUCUAUGAACCACAAGGUAUUUCGUUUGUGGAAGCCACAGCAACCUUUCUGACCAACGACCUGCUGCCUUUGGUCCAGAAAACUGUCACAGACACGACGGCGCGUAUUUAUUUCUCUCCGACGGCAGAGCAGCAAAAAUGCCUAGGAUGUGAAGGCUCAGUCAUCAACGGAGACUUCAUCAUCACGUACGAUGUGAAAAGAGACAAGAGACUUGGCGAGAUUCAGGCUGUGAAUGGAUACUUUGUGCAUUUCUUUUACCCCCCUGACCUUCCCAGAGUCCCAAAGAACGUUGUGUUUGUGAUUGACGUCAGCGGGUCGAUGGGGGGAACAAAGAUUAAACAGACCCGGGAAGCGAUGAUCGCCAUUCUGAAUGACCUCCAUGAAGAAGACCACUUCGCUAUCAUCCUGUUUGAUGAUAAAAUAACCACCUGGAAGAAAUUCCUCACCAAAGCAAAAAAGAAAAAUGUCAAUGAGGCGAUAGGCUACGUCAAGAAAAUAAGAGAAGAUGGAGCCACCAAUAUCAAUGCUGCAGUACUGUCGGCAGUGAAAAUGCUGCAGACAGAGAGAAAAGGUGAAAAGGUUCCUGAAAGGAGUGCAGACAUGAUCAUCUUACUGACCGACGGGAUGCCGAACAGCGGUGUGUCCAGCCCUACAAAGAUCCAGGAGAACGUGCGCUCUGCUAUCGGGGGAAACAUGUCUCUGUUCAGCCUGGGCUUCGGGAACAAUGUGGCUUACUCCUUCCUGGAUGUGAUGAGCAGGCAGAACAAGGGUCUGGCGCGCAGAAUCUUUGAGGCCUCAGAUGCAGUCCUGCAGCUCCAGGGUUUUUAUGAGGAAGUGUCGAGCCCUCUGCUGCUGGAGGUGGACCUGCGUUAUUCUGACAACAAAGUGGGAAACUUGACUAAAAACCACCACAGUCAGCUGUUCAAUGGCUCAGAGAUUGUGGUGGCCGGUCAGCUGAACAGCAACGACAUGGACAACUUUUUGGUCGAAGUGUUUGCCCAAGGGCCUCAAGAAGACUUCGUGGUGCAGGGAGAGGCCAGCGUGCCGGACUGGCCCACCAUGUACCCACAUCUGGAGUAUGUAUUCGGCGACUUCACUGAGCGUUUGUGGGCGUACCUCACCAUCCAGCAGCUUCUGGAAAACAGUGACUUCAGCUCCCAGCAGGAAAAAGACACAGCGACCGCCAAGGCCCUGAAUAUGUCUCUGCAGUACGGCUUCGUCACGCCUCUCACCUCCAUGAUCGUCACGAAACCUGAAACUGAGGACGGAGGCAGCUCUUUGAUUGCAGAUAAACUGACUGAGGAUCAGCGGCAGAAAGCCGAAAGACAGCAAGGCCACGUACGGACAUCCCAAAGAGUCCCUUCGUUACAAUCAAAUCCGAUUGGUAGCUCAGGUACUCAAGCCUCAAGGCGUCGUUCCAGCUCCGGUUCCCGUUCAGACGUGGACGGAGAUCCUCACUUCCUCAUCGAGCUCCCUGAUAGAGACGACGCUCUGUGCUUCAACAUCAAUGACGAGCCGGGAACCGUUUUUAACCUGGUCAGAGACCCAGAAUCAGGCUUUUUGGUUAACGGACAAAUUAUAGGCAAGAAGAAAGUUGUUCCGGGGGGAAACGUCAACACCUACUUUGGCCGUUUUGUUAUCGUCCAUCAGAAGCUCGGAGUGAGGCUGGAGGCGAGCACUCGGCACAUCUCUGUCUCCCACGGCGGCCAGCAGAUUGAGCUGCUGUGGUCCGAUACGGGACACUUCAAAAAACCCAAUAUGGACCUCAGAUUAACUAAUAACUGCAGCCUGACGGUGACACUGAAGCACUCGGUUAGAUUUAUGGUCAUCAAACACACAAAGGUUUGGAAGAAGCGACAUGACCAACAGGACUACCUGGGCUUCUACACCCUGGACAGCCACCACCUGUCUGCCGCGGUCCACGGCCUGCUAGGUCAGUUCUACCAUGGGGUCGAGUUUGAAGUGGAACGCCGUGAGAACUUGGACGCCAUCAUGUACGUGAAGGGACAGACACUCAACGUAACCAGACACUGGCAGAAAGAUUUCAGCAGAGAUGUGAAGAACGGGGAGAGUACGCCCUGCUGGUUCGUCAGCAACGAUGGCGCGGGCCUCAUCGACGGAACAGCCUCAGACUACAUUGUAUCAGACAUUAAUAAAGCUGAAUGAAUCUCAGGGAGGCAAACUCACAAGUAAUGUUGCUCUAACAGAGGAAACAGUGGCGUGGAUCAAAGUGCAUGAGCUUUAUAAGACCCAGACAGAAAGUAGGGUGUGUUCUCAAUCAGCUGAUCACAGAAAAUGUACAGAGGGAUGGAUCACCGUGAUUGACUGUCACAGAGUUAUAUCAUUCUACAUCUAUUUCACAUUAACUGCUCUCAUUUUUCAUAAUCAAACUAUUUUAAAGAAACACUUUGAAGGUGGUUUAACAGAGGUCAAUCCGUCCCAGCAGCGUGUUUGAAUAUCAUGGAAAUGAACACAAUGAGACACGUUUUAGUGGAUUUAGGGUUGUGUUCACAGUAAAGAUUAAGGGCCAAUCCCAAUUCUACCCCUAAAGGCCCGUCCAUGCUUCACAUGUCCGCGUGGGUGCGCGUUGCGCGUUGGUCCGCGUGACGUAAAAAUCGUCAUGAAUUCCUGUCCGCUAGGGUCCG